GGGGCGGGGCAGGAGGCGGGGCGGGGCUGGCAGGAAACAGGGUCGAAGGAGCCGAGGCCUCAGGGCUAGGACACCCGGUGGGAGCUAGCGGGCAGGUGAAAGUAAAACAUGACAGAAACCGAUGGCUUCUACAAAAGUAGGGAAGUGUUCGAUCCAGCCGAGCAGUACAAGAUGGACCACAAGAGGAGAGGAAUUGCCCUCAUCUUCAAUCACGAGAGGUUCUUUUGGCACCUGACACUCCCAGAGAGGCGGGGCACCAACGCAGACAGAGACAACCUGACUCGCAGGUUUUCAGAUCUAGGAUUUGAAGUGAAAUGCUUUAACGACCUCAGAGCAGAAGAACUCCUGCUAAAAAUUCACGAGGUGUCGACUUCAAGCCACAUAGACGCCGAUUGCUUCAUCUGUGUCUUCCUGAGCCACGGGGAAGGCAACCACGUUUAUGCAUACGACGCCAAAAUUGAAAUUCAGACGGUGACUGGCUUGUUCAAAGGAGACAAGUGUCAGAGCCUGGUUGGAAAACCCAAGAUAUUUAUCAUCCAGGCCUGUCGGGGCAGCCAGCAUGACGUACCUGUGGUUCCCCUGGACGUGGUGGAUCACCAGACAGACAAGCUGGACAAUGUGACCCAGGUGGAUGCUGCAUCUGUGUACACGCUGCCAGCGGGGGCAGACUUCCUCAUGUGCUACUCUGUCGCAGAAGGGUAUUACUCUCACCGAGAAACUGUGAACGGCUCCUGGUACAUUCAGGAUUUGUGUGAGAUGCUGGCGAGGUACGGCAGUUCCCUGGAGUUCACGGAGUUGCUCACGCUGGUGAACAGAAAGGUCUCUCAGCGCCGCGUGGACUUCUGCAAAGACCCGGGUGCAAUCGGCAAGAAGCAGGUUCCCUGCUUCGCCUCAAUGCUGACCAAAAAGCUGCAUUUCUGUCCCAAACCUAGUAAGUAGGGCCAUCUGUCUUGCUACAUAUAUUUCACACACAUUUCCCUUUUUAUACAGAGGCCAGCUGGUGGAAGACUUUCACCUAUCAAUGUAAACUGUUUCUAGAUGCCAUAGAAAAGUAAUGUUUUGUAUUUGUUACUUUUCAAUCAUGUUGGACACGUGGUGAAAGGGCUAAAAAUAAUCCUCAGGAAAUUACUAUGCAUCAAUGUCUACUACAUUUAUUACGUUUUUAGUAAACUGUAAGGUUACUCUAAAUACCAACUACCUUGUCUUCCCUCUGUGACACUGUUUAUGCGCGUUUACUGUAUAAUGUUUGUAAAGACUUUUGAAACUCUAGACUGAGAUUGUUUUCGCGUAAUAAAAUGUCUAAAACUCAU